AUGGCAUCCACAUAUACAAACAACAGUUGCAACCCAUUCUCCUCAAAACAUGCACCAUGUACGAUUGGCAAUUACAUCCAAUAUGCAGUCAACGCAACUGAAGCUAGGCAUGUCCAAAAGUCUAUCCAUUUCGCCAAACAUCAUAAUAUCAGACUUGUCAUUCGAAACACGGGUCAUGAUCUCCUAGGAAAAUCAACUGGAGCUGGAGCACUUGGUAUCUGGAUGCACCAUAUGAAGAAUAUCUCCAUUGUGGACUAUAACUCAUCAUACUAUACCGGAAAAGCCAUGAAAAUAGGAGCUGGCGUUCAAUCUUUCGAGGCCAGCUCCGCUGCUUCAAGAGCCGGUGUAGUUGUCGUUGGUGGCAAUUGCCCAACUGUUGGCCUGGCAGGCGGGUAUUCCCAAGGAGGUGGCCAUGGCCAGUUAGUAUCACAAUUUGGACUUGCUGCGGAUCAAGUCCUGGAAUGGGAGGUCUUCCUUGCCGAUAGAAGACUGGUUGUCGCUUCUCCUGUCCAGAACUCUGACCUCUACUGGGCCCUUUCAGGUGGAGGUGGAGGAACAUACGGUGUUGUCAUUUCAAUGACGAGCAAAGCCUAUCCGGAGUUACACACUGUUUCCGGGAAUUUCUCUUUCUCGGAUACGGGUAUCUCCAGAACGACAUUCUUCGCGGGAGUGGAGAUGUUUACCUCACUUUUGCCUUCGAUAGGUGAUGCAGGAGGCGCAAGUGUUUGGUGGUUGACCAAUAACUCCAUGUCAACAACUCCAACUACGAUCCCGCGUGGGACGGCAGCACUCUACAACUCUCUAUUUGAUCCUUUGAUCGGAUUUUUCAAAAGGAACGGCAUGCAGUACACUUACUACGUCGAGGAAUUCUCAACAUUUCAUAACGCCUAUCGAAAGAUGAACCCACCAGAAAAUAUAACCGACCAACUCCUCGGCGGCCGUCUCAUUCCCCGAUCAGUGGUACAGCAAAACCUCACCGAGCUCGUAUCACAAUUCCGCGCAAUUGUUGAAAAAGAUACCGGUCUCGUAAUAUCAGGGGUUAUGGUCAAUUCCUCGCGCGUGGCUUACCCCAAUAACAGUGUCAAUCCAGCGUGGCGAGAUGCUCUUAUGAGUGUUGUGAUGGGAGCGUCUUUCAACUAUACGGACUGGGAUAAAAAUGUUGCCAGGCAGCAGAUUAUUACUGAUGUUCUCUUGCCGCCAUUGGAGAGACUUACUCCUGGUGGUGGUGCUUAUUUGAAUGAGGCUGAUCCGAAUCAGGUGGACUGGCAGCAGGCUUUUUAUGGGGAUAGGUAUGCCAAAUUACUCAGGAUUAAGCAGAAGUAUGAUCCUCAUUCUAUCUUCUAUGCAUUUAAAGCUGUGGGAAGUGAGGCUUGGGUAGUUGCUGAGGGCGGGCGGUUAUGCAGGUCCGGAGAUUUGUGA